AUGGAUAGUUCAAAGGAUCAUACCGAGAAAAUCGAAGAUGUCUCUUCCAACCAGAUGGAAGAGUUGCCAGUCAAGAACAUGGGGCCUAUCAUGCGGUCUCGUGAAGACGAUCUUGGUGUUUGGCAGUGUGUGUUGCGAUUCAAGACUGUGUCGCUGAUUGCUAUGACUGCCGCAUUCAGUGCGUCUCUUGACGGUUAUCAAAUCAACUUAAACGGCGGUAUUGUGUCCAACAAGGGGUUCAUUCGACAAAUGGCCUCACCGGGCACAUCAAUCAUCGCCGGUAAAUACGUUUCCGCUUGGGGAGGAAUUCAAUCUGCCGGUCAAACUGUCGGGCAAAUCCUCCUUCAAUAUGCCACUGAGAGAUUCGGUCGCAAAGUCGCGUUCUAUAUCAUCUGGGUCGAUAUUGUUAUUAGUGUCUUCAUUGAAUCCUUCGCAACGCGAUGGGAUCACUGGCUUGCAGCAAAGCUCUUUUCUGGUAUGGGUGUUGGAAUGCUUCAAUCUACCUUGCCUCUAUACCUGUCUGAGAUCGCACCGACUCAACUGCGUGGUUUCUACAUCAACGCGUAUAGCUUCUGGUUCGUCGUCGGUCAAAUCUUUGCCUCGGUUGCGUUGAAGGAACUCAGCGCGCAUGAUCCCUAUGACUUCCGCAUUCCUAUCUAUACCCAGUGGGCUAUGGUUGGCAUCAUUGCAAUUAUCUUCCUUCUCAUGCCCGAAUCACCUUGGUGGCUCGUGAGCAAAGGCAAAGUUGACCAGGCGGCCAAAAUUCUGAACAGGUGCAAUGGAAAUGUUGCUGGAUACAGCGUUGACGAGCAGAUUGAAAUCAUGACAGCGACAGUCACAGAAGAACGAAUCCUGGCAGAACGCAACUCUGAGGAAGGGAUGUGGGCUGUAUUCCAAGGGCGCAACCGGAUUCGCUUCCUCAUUGCAGCCUGGCCCAAGAUCGCUCAGCAGUUUGUCGGUCUGUCUGUGUUCAACACCUACGCUACCUAUUUCUUCCAAUAUGCUGGCAGCAAAGAUCCAUUUAUGGUCACUGUUAUCCUGUCCUGUGUUCAGCUCCUGUCUAUGAUCAUGACUGCUGUGACUACCGACAAGCUUGGUCGUCGGCCGCUAACGAUCUAUCCAUACGCUGUCACAUCGGUAUCAGUCCUGUGUCUUGGGAUUAUCGGCUGCUUCGAUUAUACCAAACCAUCGACAAGCUCCCUACUGAUCUUCUUCGCUUGUCUGGCUACUCUUUCAACGACCGGUGCAUCAGCUAUUGGAUAUGCCUACGCUGCUGAAGUUCCUCAGCAGCGUCUGCGUGCUCAGACAGCAGGAUGGGCACUCGCAUCUUCGAAUGUAGUCGCUAUCAUGUUCAGCUUCUGUACACCCCUGAUGAUCAACAAUGCCCCUGUGUCUAGCUGGGGUGUAAAGACUGGAUUCUUUUUUGCUGGUACGGGUACAAUUGCCGUGAUUAUUGCUUGGUUCAUUCUUCCUGAGGUGACUCGCCGCACACCUGCUGAAAUUGAUGAGAUGUUUGAGAAGAAAGUCAACCUUCGUAAGUUCAAAGGAUAUGUUACUGAGGUGGAGAUGCGCUCGAAUGAACAGCGUCAGGAGCAUGAGAUGGUCGUCACUGCUUGA